GUUUCCGGUCUCACCCAAGAAGGUUCGUUAGACAGGAAAAAAGCCGAUUUGUAGUUUUGUCUAAUCUUCGCACACAUAUCAGAACAUGUCGGUUCGUGUGGUAAGGCAGAGUAAAUACCGUCACAUUUUCGGUAAAGUGCUGAAGAAGGAGAAUUGCUAUGAUGGUGUACGAGUAACUCGUUCUUCUCAAGAUGGUACUUUUUGUUCCGCAAACUCUAAGUUUGUUGCCAUUUGUAUCGAGGCUGCAGGUGGCGGUGCUUUCCUCGUCUUGAAAACAACUGGGGGUGGUCGUAUUGAUAUGAAUGCAGCCCGUGUAUGCGGCCAUAAAGCAGAGGUCCUGGAUUUGGCAUGGUGUCCAUUCAAUGAUAACAUCAUUGCUAGUUCGUCAGAAGACUGUUCUAUCAAACUUUGGGAGAUUCCAGACGAAGGUUUAACUGAAAAUCUGACUGAGUAUUUAGUAGAUCUCCAAUACCAUCAAAGAAGAGUCACUCAAAUCCUCUGGCAUCCAUCAGCUUUGAAUAUAUUACUCAGUGUGGGUCAAGAUGAUAAAAUACUAAUAUGGAAUGUAUCCACUGCGGAAAUUCUGGUUGAGGUUAAUAUGGAAUCAAAUAUCUUCUGUGCUUCCUGGAACUAUAAUGGCAGUCUCUUUGCAACCACAUCAAAAGACAAGAAAUUACGUGUACAUGAUGCAAGAAGUGGGGAAGUAAAACAGGAAGGUAAUGGACAUGAAGGUGCCAAGCCACAGCGUGUUGUAUUCUUGAAAGACAAUAAGAUAAUCACAACUGGGUUCUCAAAAAUGAGCGAACGUCAAUAUGCUCUCUGGGAUGCUGAUGAUUUGAGUAAUCCUGUAAUCCUGGAAAAUUUAGAUACAAGUAAUGGAACAAUGUUUCCAUUUUACGAUCAAGACUGCAGUGUACUUUAUCUUGCAGGCAAGGGAGAUGGAAGCAUUCGUUACUUUGAAAUCAGCGAUGAACCUCCAUUUAUUCACUACCUCAAUACGUACACUUCGUCAUCACCGCAGCGUGGUUUAGGUUUCAUGAAUAAACGAGGGUGUCUGGUCAAUUCUUGUGAAAUUGCCAGGUUUUAUAAACUACACCAGAAAGGAGUAUGUGAACCUAUUUCUAUGAUUGUUCCAAGAAAGAGUGAUUUAUUUCAAUCGGAUAUUUUCCCGGAUACUGUGUCAGAUGAACCAGCAAUUACUGCUGAAGAUUGGUCAGAAGGCAAGGAUGCAGAUCCAAAUACAAUGUCGAUGAAAACAUUCUAUCAUGAAACAGAGAGGGAAACCAAGAUGGCCACCAAACCAAAAGCCAAUCUGUUAGCCAAGAAAGUUACUGUCAAAUCUAAGGUGGAGGAGCCACCCAAAGAGGUAGAAAAACCUAAACCAAAGAAAGUUGUUAUUGCUGCGUCCACUCCUGUUAAGACUGAGGAAAGACAUCCUCCCAAAAAAGAAGAGACUCCAAGACCAGAACCGUCAAAACCAUCAUGGGUUAGAGACCACCAUGAUGAUGUACCAAAACAAGAAGUCAAACCACAGUCUACUAAUGCUGCAUCAGCACCACCUUCCGUCAGUAAUGCUAAGUUUGAUGAGUUGAUGCAAGAAAUGAAGCGAUUGAAAGCGACUGUGGCGGAACAUGAAGAAAGAAUCAAGACGUUGGAAGAACAAGGUGUGACAUCAAACAAACAAAUAAAUGACUCUGAAGAAGAUUAAAGAAGACAGCUUGACGAAAGAAAUUCGAUCACUUACUCGAACUAUCAAGAAACACGAAGAACGUCUCAGAGUUCUGGAGGAGCUUCAAGAUAUCUAGAAAACAAAGAAUUAUAUUUGCCAUAUAAGCAGUUUCAAUUUCUACAACAGACCUGACUUAUGUAGACAGCCAUAUAAAUAGGAUCUUUCAGAUAGUAAUUGAGUUGUGUUUUCAAUACAACAAAUUAUAAUUUUGCAUUAUAGGAGCGAGAUGCAAUACAUCCUGAUCCCACUGCAAAAUGUUUGGCAAUAUUUUUGGCUUCCAUUGCAAGUUUUCUCUUUUGACUUCCUACUUUGGCUGUUGUUUAAGUCUUGAAUUAAAAAAAAAAGAGAUGCUUUUUUUUUAACACUUCUGUGCAAGCCGUAAUUGACCCCUAAAUUCUAUUAACUCAAGCUGUAUUCUUGGUUUAAUUUCUCUUGGAAAAUUCACUUUUUAUUCUGGUUAUAUCUUAUUAAGCAUGAUUUCUCUUGUGUGUGUAUAUAUAUACUAUCAGCUGUUAAAAAUAAUACAGAAUUAUAAGUUGAGAAAUAAAUACAUAAACCUUGCCUUUUAA